CGUGGGUCGAAGUAGUAGGAGAAGUGCCAGAGAAGUACAGGAGAGGAUCGGUCCGCGCAAGAAAGUAAGCCCGAUCUCAGUUCGAACGGUUCGCCGAGAUCGGUUCGCUACGUCUUCUUCGGUUUUACCGGUUCGGUGCGCGGCUCGACGUCCUUCCGCUUAAUUUAUCAGCUAACGAACGAGGCGACGUCCUUUUAAAAGAGGGAUAAUGCCGAAGCACAGAAUCUGCACAAUGCCUCGUCUCACGUACAGAAAUCGUUUGACACCCCUGAUGCCCGUGGCUGGUCACUCGAGUCCCGGUGUGAAGUUGUCCGUUGAGUUUAGGUUACCGACUAUUCUCAAACAAUGGUGGCUUUGGUGGUUGCUUGUACCAGGAUGUUUUGCAUCUUGGACCAAAUACAUCGAGGAGUAUGAUUCUAUCAAUAUUGCUAGAUGCGAUGUCCAUUGUGGUGGUAAUUAUCCUGAUAAAUGUAUGGAAAAUUGCUUGGAAUCCAAUUAUACAAAACCUGGUUACUGUCCUGAUAAAGCAUCCAUGACACCCUUCGAAGCUGUUUGUUUAAUAGCUUGCGUAGAUGACUCUCGUUGUCCAGAUUUAACAAAAUGUUGCAGGCAUGAUUGCGGUGUCACGUGUAUGCAUCCCAUCGGUUUGAAUAAUGUAACUGAUUUACCUCUAAUUCCUGAAAAUAUACAAAUCAGACAACAGAAAAACAAUUUGAUUCUAUUGUCUUGGCAAAAUUCAAAUACCCAACGAACGAAUGAUUCCGUCGAGAACGAAGAUGUAAGAUAUUUAGUGGAAGAACGGCAUUUACUUGGGCCCAGGUAUAUAGAAUCUAGAUUAAGCUCUUGGAUGGUUCGUCAGAUAUCAACGAAAUCUCACGUAACGAUACGAGAACGAUUAAAAACGGGACACUGGUAUCAAUUUCGCGUAGCAGUUAUUAAUGGGAAUGGUUCUCGAGGAUAUUCUCAACCAUCCAGACCAUUCAAAACGAGAGAACCACGGAAUCCAAAAGAACCACAAAAUUUAACUUUAUCCAACGCUCGACUGGUAGAUGGAAAAUUACGUAUAACCCUUAGAUGGAUUAAACCAGCCUCAGAUGUGCCAAUUACGUUUUACAAAGUGUUCUGGAGCCGUCUUGUCCAUGGCCCCACUAAUGAUUCUAUUCUUGUUUAUCACAAAACAAUUCUCAAAGACAAAACUUGUUACGAGCUGAAAGAUUUGGAGGUGAGGUGCCAGUAUUUUCUUCAGGUACAAGCUGUCGCGCUGUACGGUGGCCGCCGAUUAGUUUCGCGAAAGGCUUCGAAAGUUUUCAAUAGCACCGAUUAUAUGAUAUACGCCGAUAUGGGGAGACGAUCUCGCAGAUGCGAGCGAUACCAUGGCGAUCUCCAUCUACGGCGAAUGACUUGUCACUGCGGAGAGGUCAAGGCACGUUUAGUUUGGCCGAUGAACCACGAUGUAAAGGCCUACAACGUCUCCUGGAGGGAGGCAUCCUGCUCGACAUCGCAGGAAAAACUCGUAUCCCAUCGAAAGAAGUCUUGGUGGAAAGUUGUCCAGACAUCGCAUCUUGAAAUAAAACAUCUUCAAAGUGAAUGCACAUACAACGUGAACGUACGAAAUAUAUUCAACGAGAUAAGUAGUAACGACGAAAAUGGUGUCAGUAUAGAAUUUUUCACUACCGGUUGUUUGGGGGAAUCAGAAGAAGUCAAGGACAACAAUUUUUCACACAGUAGAACGACGCAAUGUAAAACUAAUAGUAAAUUGUCAAAAAGAAAACGACACUAUGCUACUUAUUUCUGAUUAUAAAUAGUUUAUGUCGUAAAGUAUAUGAUUGCCAUCUUACACGAACAAAAGUUAAUUUUUUAAAUACUUAAAGUCAUAUAUUCAUCAUAUAUUGCUAAUUCAUCAUAAUAAACAAGAUUUUUUAUUCUAUAAUAU